CCUCCUCUCCCGCUCCACACAACCAGGAAAUCGUCGAGGUGUGCUUCUUUAUCCCAGUAGUGGUUGCCCCAUUCGCGGGUGUAGAUGCGCCUUUUCCCUGUUUUUUUCUUCUUUCCUAUUUCGCUACUUUGACUUUUGUAUCCGGGCUUCAGCUCUGAAGUCGGUCAAACUUCCCUGCGAGGAGAGGUUCUCCACUCUGGCCGAACAAUGAGUGAGUCAAGUAUUUGCCAGGCUCGGGCCACUGUGAUGAUCUAUGAUGAUGGCAAUAAGAAGUGGCUGCCGGCAGGUGCUGGACCCCAGGCUUUCAGUAGAGUCCAGAUUUAUCAUAACCCCACCAACAAUGCCUUCAGGAUAGUGGGACGCAAAAUGCAGACGGACCAGCAGGUUGUAAUUAACUGUCCAAUUGUUAGAGGUCUGAAGUAUAACCAGGCCACACCUAAUUUCCACCAGUGGCGGGAUGCCCGGCAGGUGUGGGGGCUCAACUUCGGCAGCAAAGAGGAUGCUGCUUUAUUUGCCAAUGGCAUGGCACACGCACUGGAGGUGCUCAACUCCAUGGCAGAUGCAGGCUAUGCAACCCUUCCUCGCCCAGUGUCAAACGGACCAUCUCCAGAAGAGGUGGAACAGCAGCGAAGGUUAGAGCAGCAGAGGUUGGAUCAACAGGAACGGGAACGACAGGAGAGAGAAAGACAAGAGAGAGAGCGGCAGGAAAGAGAGAGACUGGAGAGAGAAAGACAAGCUGCUGCAGCCUCUGUUCCUCCGGCCCCACCACUAGCUCCUGGAGGACCUCCUCCACCUGCUCCUCCUCCCCCUGGCCCUCCUCCAGCUGGUAUUCCGCCUCCUCGACCUCCUCCCUCAGGACCUCCACCAGCCCCACCCUUGCCCUCUGCAGGUGGAGGAGGAGGUGGUGGUGGAGGUGGUGGAGGUCUUGGAGCUGGGGGUUUGGCAGCUGCACUAGCUGCUAAACUCCGCAAAGUGUCCAAGCAGGAGGACGGAGCUCCUGCAGCUUCAUCAGGCAAAGGUGAUACCAGCCGCAGCAGUAACGCCUCUGUUGGAGGAGGUAGCCUGAUGGGCGAGAUGAGUGCCAUCUUGGCACGAAGGAGAAAAGCUGCAAACACUGGAGAAAAAGCACCUGUGAAAGCACAAGAUAAUGAUGAUUCAGAGUCUCAAGGUCAAAGCGACACCAUAAGGCGGCCUUGGGAGAAAUCAUCAAUGACCAGGAAUAACUCCAUCCCCAAGAGUUUGGACUCCACUUCUUCUUUGUCCCAAGCUUGCAGGGCAAAGCCCUCAGGCAACAGCAAUGAUGCAGGUGGAAUGGAUGACUCAGAUUUAGAGAAUGUUUUGCAGGAGAUUCUGGAAGAGGUGCGGAAAGAACUACAAAAAGUUAAGGAGGAAAUAAUUGGAGCCUUUAUUCAGGAGCUGCAAAAGAGAAGCACAUAAUUUUGCUGUGUGUCAGAUGUAACGGAGGGUGAGAAAGAUAGGGGUGGUUCCAGGCCAUGGGGACCACUCCUCCACUGCGCCUUCCCAUGUAGCCCAGGGAUUUCUCAUUUUCUCCUGCACAUUUUCUCAUUUCCACAAACAUGUGAGCAUACCUGCUUAUGUGUUGAUCAUGCAAAUUCACUUCAUGCAAAUGGUAACCCAGGGAACCUCCUCACUGUGUCUUUGGCACUCACUUACGUUGCGCCGGUGAUCGCAUCCAUCCCAUUUGUCCCCUGUUCGACCCGUCCCUUUGUGACCUCUGCAUUUUGGUCAUCUGAACCAAUUCAGAGCACAUAGCUACAGACACAGUUGCUCUUUCAAUUUGUCAUCGUAGACACUCAUUACAAGCCUUUUUUCUACAGAAACCCUGCUACUUGUGUCUUCUCCCUUUCACUAUCAGAUGCACCAUUUACUGAUAGAACAGUCUUCAGUAUUCAGGGACAAUAUACUAGUCACAUUUUUUUUUUACUGUAAUAGCAAGAUGCUGGGAUUGACAACAGUGCUUUUCCUCCUUUCUCUGUUGGCAAACAAAUGUUCCGCCUCAAACACCGCUACAAAGAGAAGUUCACUUAAGACAUGUGCUAGAAGGUUACUAUUUGAAGUAAUUGGAGCUGGAAAAACAGUGAUGAUGGAGGAUAGGUCAGAGGCCCCAUCGAAUCAAUUACUGCCGAGCUGACGGCAUACCUCUUCAUCAUGUGGAUGUACAGGUUCCAGCAAUGGCAAUGAACUGAAACGGCACUGCGUAAGCCUUCACUGCUGCAGGAAAAAGGAGUUCGAGGCAGAGGAGACAAGCAAAGGGAAUCUGAUGGACAACCUGAGUGCUGUGAAAGAGAAGUGUGUUGUAGUUUUAUGAUGUGUGAGAAGUUAUUCUCUUUGCACUUGUUUCAGAGGAAGUGUGUCUGUGUGCCACACUGCCUUGACAGACUAUUCCCUCUCACUCUAAAUGAGAAAUUGUUUGCUGGCCAGUGCAGUGGUCCUAUACUGUACCUCUCAUUUUCUUCCAUUAUAGUUAUGAUUUCUAGUAUUGAAACAUGAAAAAAUGGCCAUGAUGAGGUCAAUUAAUUUGGCCGUGACCAACUGCCUUGAGAAUAAAUAUAUAAAUACACACACACACACACACACACACACACACACACACACACACACACACACACACACACAAAUAUAUAUAUAUGUAAGGAAAUAAAUAUAUAUAUAUUUCUUUGGAGGGAAAUGUUUAUCAAAAAUGUUUCUAUUUUAAUUGAAAUGACUGGUGAAUGGGGAUUUUGUUUUCCUUUUUGAUUGUUUUCUUAUGAGAUGUUAUUUUGGGUUUACUAUUUCUUUUUUCUAAUAGAGUCUAGGCUUUUUACACUGAAAUAUAAAGAAAACAGCUUAGAGACACUGGAUUAGAAAUGCCUUUAUAGUCAAAUACAGCUGCUUCUUGAAAUGCA